AUGGCGGAAAGCAGUGAGAGUGCAAAUAACAAUAGCUGGGAGAGCUGGCUGGGAGGAUGGGUCCAAACUGCCAAGGAAAAGUCCAGUACAGCGCUGGAGAUUGUAAAGAAGGACCUAGCAGAGUUUACCUGCACUAUCCACCGGGACACUGAACGGGCAGUGGAGAUAACAAAGGAAUCUCUGAAUAAUGAAAACACAGCUAGUGCAACCAACAGAGUAAAAGCUGGCCUGACUUCCUUUUUGGACAACAUAUCCAGAGCUCUGGUGAUCCCUCCCGAUGAUGACUACAUUCCUGUGACGGUUGCAGCAGAUGGUAGUGGACUCUAUGAUAGAGGAAAGGCUCGGCUGCACGCUAUUCAGCUGGAUGCAAGCACUUACAUGGACCCUCCAGAUGGCCCACCUGAACAGUUUCAGAUGUGGCUACAGAGCUUUAAUAUUGAUCAGCACAAGGGGGAGAUUUCCGAGUUGCUGGUUUCAAAGGUGGAAGUUCGAGCUCUUUAUACCAGACUGGUACCUUCGGAAGUGUCACAUGCGGAGUUCUGGCAGCGGUACUUCUAUCGUGUCCACAAGCUUGAUUGUGAUGAGGCUAGGAAGCAGGCUUUAAUGAAGAGGGCAGAUGAGGCCAGAGGAGACUCGUUUACUUGGGAUGAUGAUGAUGAUGAUGACUGGAGUGGGAAUGAAGAGGACAAUCAGAGUGAUUGGGAGAAAUUGCCACGACCUACACAGUCUACAGCCGCACCUACUGUGCCAAAGCCUGAAAAUAAACGUGAAUAUGUAUUGGUGGAAAAAAGUACAGAGAAAAUAUCCUCAUUUCCCCAUGCAGUGCCAUCAGCUGUUGGUGGCUGCCAAUUAGAAGUCAGCAAGUUGACGGAGAAGAGUGUAAAUAAACAAACAGUAGAAUCUAAUCUUUCUGCCGUUGCUGCAAGUUCUGCACAAAUCAAGGAGGAGGCUACUCUGAAAAGCACAGUACCGACCAGAUAUUCACCUGAGCCUGCGGCUUCACUUGAGGGUCAAGAUGCUUCUGCUGAGCUGUUUACUCAUCAAGACUUGCAGUUGAUGCCAUCAGCUGAUUUGUGGAGCCUGCACAUACCAAGUGACAUCGCAAGCGCAUCUCACACCCAGCAAGACAUUGAAUGCAUUGAAGCAGCAGUUACUGAGCCGGGGUCUUCUUUGAGUGUACAUAUGCAAGAGGGAGAACCUGGUAAUGUAUCAGGAGAAGCUGCCAGUAGUGGUGAUUUUUCUCUUGUCUCUGAUGACACAUCUCCAGUCGUCUUGGCUGAAGGUGCAUGUGGAAGUGUUGACGUUGAAGGUCCUGCCAGUGCACACCAAGCUUCAGAAUUACUUUCUAAUGUUUCUGCAGCUUCAGUUGAAAUACCAGCUGAACCUUGCCUAGCACCAGUUGAAGCUGUGUCGAGUCCCACUGUAAGUGCUGUUGAAGAACCUGCUGAUUUGUCAGUAGAAUCAGCAUUUUGUGAAGAAGCUGGGGAUCUGUUCAUUUCAGGACCUGCUUCAGCUGAACCUGUGGCUGCUGUUACAGACGUUGUUCCGGCUGCCGAAUUAGUCGGCGUGAACAAUGACAACAGUGCUGAAAGUUCUGUUAUUGCAGUCUCAGAAGAAACUACUUCUCUGGAGGUGCCCGAUGAUUCAAAGACAGAAGUUGCUGAUUUAUCAUCACAGGAUGAGAAGUUUCCUGAAGAAAGGGAAUCUGUCUUGCUCCCUGAUGCUGCAGAAGGAGGAGAAGUGAAAGAAAUCGGCAUGAGACUCAAGGGAGACAUGGUUGUAGUUGGAGACCGGGACAGUCCGUUGUCAUCAGAGUCCAAUGGAACAAAAGAAAUGGGUUUAGAAGAAGACUGGGAGCAGGAUUUUGAUAUUGAAAUAACAGAUGAUGACCUCAAGUCUGCUGAAAACAUCGCCAAGCAACUCAGUGAAAACUUGAAUGCAGCA